AUGCCUUCGUUUCAUUCCACCAUUUGGCUCUAUCUACUAUCAUCAUAUCUCAUCAUCGUGGCAAACACGGCAAAGUUAGAAACAAUGAACAAUCAGAUUGCCCAAGCGGAUACCCAGCAUGCGACUGCUAGGCCUAUAGAUCUCGAUAGUAUCGCAGAAGAUGUUCAACAUCUCAUAGCUUCCAAACUUGUGAGCUUCUCCCAGGCUUCAGUCUCUGCACUGAGUCAGUCAUCACAGAGCUUGCGACAAGCUACAGUGUCGCUCGUUUACCGAAACAUUGUGCUCAAAAGAGGAGAGGACAGGAGCAAGACAGCACAGAGAUACGAAUAUCUCAUCGAGCUGUUCCGUAAGGAGGAACAAUGUAGCGUCGCAAGACAUGUACGCAGUAUCACAGUCAAGGACGAUGUGCCUCCGGAAGAUCUGAUGAUGAUCUUGACAAGGAUUUCGCAAUGUGGAGUCUUGAAUAAACUAAGUUGGGAAACUACUGUCCACAUUUCGCAAGUUGUUCUCGAUAAGCUUCAUGCGACUUGGCCCAAGCUCGAAUUAUUGGUACACGUCCUUGAUCGGGAGCAUGCCAGAGACGUUAGACAUCGGCAAAUGGACGAAAAACUCUUGUCAUCUCCGCUCUUAAGGAAUUUGACAUAUAACGCCUUCUUCCAAGGCUACGAAGCGCAUAAGCCUGCCCGCUCCGAAUGGCCUAAGUUGACUCGCGCCAUUGCAGCCGGUGGAAACCUUCGUAUGCUGAGGAUUCAAAGCCAACAGGAUGGUAAUGAAUACCGUGGUAUCAAGGUCCUAAACGAUACCGAGCCACAAAAGUUGAUGCGAUUCGACAUGUCGCCUGAAACACAUUUUCCUGCUUUAGAAGAGUUCACGCUCCAUGAAGUGCGGCACUAUGGCAGCUCUAGCUAUCUAUGGGAUACAGAGCAUUGCAAAAUGCUCCGAGAUUCAACGGAUUGGUCGAACUUACGCACACUGAACUUUGCUAGCGAUAUGCCUACUGCUUUCUUCACUGUUUUCACUGGGCUGUUACCAGAGCUCAAGAGCCUUCGGUUCGGUAUCCCACGCGGAGCAAAUGGCGAAGCUGCGUCUAAAUUCAUCAAGUCUGUCAGGGCGCUGGAGUCACUUGAUAUUGAUCAUUCCGCGUCAACCAUCGAUACGCUUUGGCCGGCAAUUGAACAGCAUAAUAAAACCUUGGAGACUUUGAUACUCAGAGGAGACUUUGGGUCAUGGGAUUAUCCCGUGCAUCUUGAGGUUAGCUGCCUAAAAAAGGUAGUAAAGGAAUUUCCGUUCCUCAAGCGAUUGGGUUGGGACGUCUCGUGGGAAAUGCGCGAAAAGUCUUUGGAGCUCAUUUCAAGCAUGCGACUUGAAAAGCUUGACUUGUUUCUGCAUAUUCCCGACGAAGCCAGCGACUACUCUGCAGAGUUGACACAAGAUGCUAUGGGAACAAGACCCGCACCGGAACUCGACAUUGAAGGAUCAAGAAAAGCUGCCAUCAAGAUCAUGGAGGACAUCUCGCGCGUGCAGAUACGGCCGUUGGAGCGACUCACGUUGCAUAUUGUACGGACUGGUCGAUUAGAUCGGUGGGAGCCAUACUUGAUGUUUGGCAAACUACAAAUAAGGCGACGUAAAGACGAAGGACUAGGCGGUGACAAUUUAUAUGAGUUUCGCGGUAAGCAAGAAUGGGGCGGUAUGGGGGAUCUUCAAGAAGAGCUUUCGCUUGAGGAAGACUGA